AUGAAUACCUUCGGCUUACAUGCAGACGGACCCUAUGGUGGGAUGGGCGGCAGUUCCUACGAUGCCAGAGAUGGUGAGGAGAAAGUCAAGCAUGUUGAUUUAUGGACCGCAAAUUACGGGGACCGCCCGUACGAAGUUAUUGGAGCGUUCAAUCUAGAAUUUCAAGACGGUUAUUCGACCGGUAGAAUCGGCGGAAGGGAUAACGCCGUCCCACUUUACGGACCAUAUUCAUAUGAUUUUGCGGAUGAUGAGACAAUAACAGAGAUGCAUGUCUAUGCUGGUCACGAUGACGGCUUCGUCAAUGGACUCAGCUUCAAAACAACAGUUCGACCAGAUGGUGCUUACGACGUUGGUGGUCAUGAGGGUAAUGACAAUAAAUUGGUUGGGGAUGCUCUUGGUGCUAAGGGGGAAUGGGCCGGAGCUACAGGCAGAGACAACAUCCACGGUGCUGAUGCUGUUGUGGAUAACAUGAUUCUUUAUUUCAAGGAGUGA